AUGAGACGGCGUUGCCGCUUCCGGCGGCGAAUUUCGACGGCUGCGGCCACACGACGAGCCAGACAGCCCAACCAGCCUUCCGGGUCACCACAGUUGAGUUCGGCCGGCCUCUCUUUCUCAUCUACGAUACGCAGAGAAUGGCGAUGGUGUACAAGUCACGGUGGCCUCUUCAGACUUCGUGGACCAGGAUGCUCUCCUUUGGUCCACACCCUAUCACAUCUCAGUCAAGACGGAUACUCUGCGCUUCCAACAAAUUUUUUUCUUUUGCAACGGGCCGACAGGGAGAUUGACACAAUUCGCACUGCCGCUCAAUGCGACGCAAAGUCAAGCAGUCGAGGACAUGGGAUUGGUGCGUCCACUGCAUCCAUGGUUUCCGUUUUACGACACCACCAUUGUGUUAGCUGGGCGGUCCUGCGCAAGUGGUGGUUGCUGUCUUUGGCGACAGUUCCAUCGGCGUACAAAAACACACACCACAAAUAG